AUGAGCACCAGGGAGCCGGGGGAAGAUCUGGCUGCUGCCGCUGCGGCUGCUGUUGCUCCUGCGGCUGCUGCGGCUGCCGCGGCAGCAACCUCGGCCCCUUUUGCUGCGGGGACUUCCGGGAUCACUUUUCCCACCAGUCCUGCUGCACUCAGCUUUUUGGUCUGCGCGGUUUGCGGGGAGGGGCGCGUUGCCCCACAGUCAGGAGCGAUGCACACAAGUAUGAGCAUAGGUUUACCGUGGGCUUUUUCGAUUAGGACGGCCAUCCCUCCAACCCAAGCUUUCAGGGAAGUGAGUUCACGACACGUGUUGCUGCCACUUAGCAGGGGCAGCAACAAGUGGGAUGGGAAGACAAACUGGAUACUCCCUUCCAGCAGUCGUCAUUGCCUGAAGGCCUCCGAGUCUUGCCCUACCACCGCUGAAAAAAAUGCGGUUGCGGACACAGCUUGUUCUCCUGGACCGGCAGCCGCAGGAGCAGGAGAGCGUUUCCCCUUUCAGGCAGAAGUAAAGCGGGUGUUGGACAUCAUCGUGCAUAGCCUGUACACUGAUCGCGAUGUGUUCCUUAGGGAGCUUGUGUCCAACGCGGCAGAUGCUUGUGAUAAAAAGCGAGUGCUCCUUGAACAGCAAGGAGAGCAGCGUAAAAAGCAAGGAGUUCCGUGGAAGGGCUCUAUUCGGGUGUAUGCCGACAAAGCCGCAGGGACCUUGACUGUCGAGGACGACGGCAUUGGAAUGAGCCGGCAGGAGCUGAUUGAUCACCUAGGCACAAUCGCGCAGUCCGGUACGUACAAGUUCGCACAACAACUUCAACAGAAAGAGCAAAACUUGACAGGCGUCUCUCCAGGGAAUGCGAGCGAUCUAAUAGGUCAGUUUGGGGUUGGAUUCUACUCUGCGUUUCUGGUGGCGGAAAAAGUCGAAGUUAUAUCUUCCCGUUGGUCCUCCCCGAACGCAGAAGGUGCCGCCUCAGAGUUUCCGGAAGUCUGGAGGUGGAGCUCUAGCUGCGGCCAGACCUUCUCGUUGCACCGACUUGACGCAGUGGCGGAGCAGAAAAGGUGGCAGCAGCAGACGUGUCAGCUGCACCGCAAUUUGCAGCAGCAGGCAUCAAAGACUUCCCACACACGCACACUGCAGGAGAGAGAGCAGCAGCAGGAGCACCAGGAUGCGCAACUGGAAGAGCAGCUGCGGCAGCCUUGGACGGGCACUCGCGUGGUUUUGCAUUUACGGGAAGACAGCGAUGACUAUUUAGAGGAUUACAAGUUAAAGGAUUUGGUUAAGAAAUACUCAGAAUUCCUUUCUGUGCCCAUUUACCUUCUGGGGGAGAGAGUUGAAUAUGAGCGCGUCCCGGAUACAGAAGGGGCCACAAGCGGUGCCACCAAGUUUAAGACUGUGACAAAUCGUUACAACGAAUGGGCCCACCUGAAUACUCAGCCGCCAAUAUGGCGAAGACCUGAGGAAACCCUAAGAGAAAAGGACUACGUGGAUUUCUACAAGGCGACGUUUAAGGCCUAUGAUGACCCCCUUGCAUUUCUGCACAUGGCUGUGGAGGGCCAGGUCUCAUUCAGAGCACUCCUCUACGUUCCGGGUUCUCUUCCUUGGGAGCUUUCCAGAAAUAUGUUUGAUGAGGACUCUCGCGGUAUUCGUCUAUACGUUCGUCGAGUGUGGCUGACCUUCAUUCGUGGUGUUGUAGAUUCCGACGACCUUCCCCUCAACGUCGGGAGAGAGAUUUUGCAAAAGUCGCAGAUGUUGCGAAUUGUCCACAAAAGAGUUGCAGCCAAGGCAGUCGAAAUGAUUCAGGCGAUCAAGAAACAAUCAAGCGAAAAGUGGAACCGAUUUUGGGAAAACUACGGAAAAUAUCUCAAGAUUGGGGCAGUUGAGGAUCGCGACCAGCAGGAAGCCCUUGCAUCUCUCGUGCAGCUUCACUCGUCUCAUUCGCGUAGUGGUUUGACCACACUGGACGAAUAUAUAUCUCGCGUCGAAACCCGAAACAGAAGCAUCGAGUCUGGAAGCCAUCCACCACUGCCUGACGGGAGCAUCGCCAAGAAGCAGAAGGCAAUAUACUACUUGGCUGCUGAAAGUAGGAGGGCCGCAGACGACAGUCCCGCGUUAGAGGGGCUGAAGGCUCGAGGGUUCGAGGUGUUGUUUGGGGUUGAGCCCUUGGACGAGUUUUUCUUGGCUUCAUUAGCCAUUGCGCAGUUCAAAGGGUGGCCUGUGGUGGAUAUUAACAAGGCUGACCUCCAGUUGGACGCUGACGAAGCGGGAGGGGAAGCAAAAAAAACGGAUGGGACGACAGUGACGGAACAGCAGAAGCGCUUCGAACCUACCGACUUUGCCACGAAGAAAAUUGAACUCGGAGGCUUGGUCGAGUGGCUUCAGCAAACGCUGGGUCCCCGCGUGCACAACGUGGUUUUAUCUUCUCGCUUGCUGACACAUCCCGCAGUUUUAGUUCAGGGUCAAAUGGGCCUGUCCCCUACGAUGCAGCGCUACAUGCAGCAGCAGGCGGCUGCCCAAGGUGUCUCUGAACAGAAAUUGUUUGGAGCGUCCCUGAAUCAACCAAUUCUGGAGAUUAAUCCUACGCAUCCCAUCAUCAAGCAGCUCGAUAUGAUGGUUCGGUCUGACCCCACCAGUGCACGCGCCAAAUCGUUGGCACUGGAGUUAUUAGCAGUGGCGUCUCUUCAGGGUGGCUACUCGCUAGAGGACCCUGGGGGUUUUGCGAAGGCUAUGAUUGAGCUGCUGAGAAGAGAGGCAGAUAGAUACCUGAAAGAACGAUCGGAUAAGUCGUGA